ACAGUUUUUUUCUUCCUAUGUAUAUACAUACACUUUAGACUGCUUUUAAAGAAAAUGUGAAAUUACCAUAGACAAAAAGUAGCAGCUAUGGGGAAAAAGUCUGCCAAAGGCAAAGAAAAGAAAUUAAAACGAAAAGAGGAGAUUUUAAAGUUAAAUGAGGCAACAUUAGCAGUAAAGAAUGCAAACCAGGUUGGAAAUCCACUGGAAUUGCUCCCUGCAUUCACAAAAUAUGAAAGAAAUGGGCUGACGGUGAAACUGCAUUGCAAAAAUAUUAGUGAAAUGUCAGAAGAUGAGGUUAACAUUGCUUUCCAACUUGUUGAAAGUAACAUGAAAGGAUUAUAUGAAAGAAGUAGUUGGGGUUGGAAUGAAAAAGGAAAGAGAGAGGAAAUGGCAGAGGAAAACGCCAGGUAUUUGUUUGCUCUCGAUGGUGAAGAUAACGUGAUUGCGGUAGCACAUUUCAGAUUUGAUGUUGAUGAUGAAGUCGAAGUCUUAUACUGUUAUGAAAUUCAGUUAACGGAUGCAACACGUGGCAAAGGACUUGGUAAAUUCAUGAUGCAAAUUUUAGAGUUAAUGGCAUUAAAAACAAAGAUGAAAAAAGUUGUUCUAACUGUCUUUAAAGAGAACAAGAGGGGGAUUAACUUCUUCGAGAAAUUAAAGUACACAAUAGACGAGACAUCUCCACAAUAUGAUGAUCCUCUUCAUCCAGAAAAUUACGAUUAUGAAAUCUACAGUAAGCAACUACAAACAAAGUAGUCAACUCGUUUCUACGCAUUGAUCGUUGACAUCACAAGCGACCCACCCAAAUGAUAAAAACGACAAGAUAGUUGACCCUGGUGUAUAGUUCACGGACUUUAGGAACUUCGAGUGAAAAAAACCCGUUUUGUAUUUCUAUGUGAAGAGUACCCCAAGUAAAUGUUAUCCAAAUUAA